AUGAGAGUCAGAACACUCAUCUGUGCCUUCCUCGCUCCCCUUCCUCGUCUGUCGCCUCCGGGUACCUCUUUCUUCUCCUUGGGGGGAGAGCAAGUUUUUCCUUUGCUUCACGCACGCAGACAGCUCAGCCGCGGGAUAGCCAUGCCGCCGGUAAGCUCAUCCACCGGAAGACCCGCGCCAGCGAAGAAUAAAUCAGAGGGAGCAAACAAAGCAGGGAGGAAGGACGAGAAGGGCGCGUCCAGCAGUCAGCCUGAGCUUCCGCGGUUCAUGAGAAUUGUUGACGGCGGCAUGACGAUCGCUGUGCAUGCCAAACCGGGAGCCAAGCAGUCUCAAAUCCCAGCGGUCAGCGAGCAAGCUGAACAAUUGGAUAUCCAGAUCAACGCUCCUGCCCGCGAAGGCGCUGCCAACGAAGAACUCUGCGAUUUCAUCGCGGACACGCUGAAGCUGAAGAAACGCGACGUGACGCUCCAGUCUGGGCACAAGUCCCGCGAGAAAGUUCUUCUCAUUCAGACGACGCGCAGCCCCGCGGAGCUCCUCGAGACGCUCAAACAGCACAGUGAAGAAGCGUCCUGA